AUGUCUAGUAGCAAUUCUCCUCGGUCGAUAAGAUCCUUCUUCUCAUUCGCAUCGUUUAUAUUACAGACAGAAAAUCCACAAAUAUUCGAAUGGUUGUUUAAGAAAGAAAUCGGCAAAGGAUCUCUAUCAAGAGUGUUUUUAGCGGAAAAUACAGAAACUCACGAGAUGGCUGCAGCGAAAGUUUAUAAUAAAAGCAUGCUUUUUAGACAGACCCUCGGUGGAGAAGAGGCUCCAUACGUAGCUGUCCAAAGAGAAAUCGAAAUUCUCGCAUCAAUUUCGCACCGUUAUGUAUUACCCAUAAUUGAAGUUAUUGAAGAUGAUUAUUCCAAUUCUCUUAUUCUGAUGAUGCCUUACGCUGAAAAAGGAUCGCUCCAAUCUUAUUUAAAUUCAAUUCAAUAUAACGAGGAAAUCGUUGCUAUAGCUUUUCAUCAAAUUGCGGAAGCAUUACGAUACGUACAUAGCAGAAAUAUAGUUCAUAGAGAUAUUAAGCCGGAAAAUAUUCUAGUUUUUUCUGAUACAUUCUUCUGUCUUUCAGAUUUUUCAGUUUCAACGACUCUUGAGUCUCCAAACCAGAAGCUUAUUGACACAAGAGGGUCUCCAGCCUUCCUUUCUCCCGAGGAAUGCGGAGGCGACCCUUUCCUUCCAAAACCAGCCGAUGUAUGGGCAUUUGGAGUUUCUUUAUACAGCAUUAUAUUCAAAAAAUUACCUUUCGAUCUAGACCAAGCCCAAGGUAAAACGGUCGCAAAUACUAUAUUCGCUGUUACAGAAUUACUUGCAAAUAAUAAUCUCCAAAUACCAGAAGGCACGGGUGCAUCGCCUGAAGUAAUAGACUUAAUUACGAAGAUCCUCAACAAGGAUCCUACAGAAAGACCAACUUUCGCGGACAUUGUUCAACAUCCUUGGUUUAACUCGGCCAGGGACAUUGACGAGACAAAUAUGAUCAGCCAGACAUUAGCAGAAGAAGAAGAUGAACAAGAAGCACAAAAAUUGACAAACGGAGAGAAUCGUAAAGGUUCAUCUGGCAAUUUCAAUGUUGACGCCAAGAGCGA